AUGGAAUUCUGUCCUCCACAGCUGCCCCAGAGGCUGCUCCUGCUGGGGGCAGCCACGCUGACUGCAUCCGCUCUGCACACCGCUGACCUGGUGGACCUGUGCGGCCGGACCUGGCCGGCGGACGGGCUGCUGCUGCGCUCGCACUCCGCGUCGCGCCGCUUUUACUUCGUGGCCCCGGACACGGACUGCGGGCUCUGGGUGCGGGCGGCCGCCCCCGGCGACAGGAUCCGCCUCCAGUUCCGCUUCUUCCUGGUCUACAGCCUGGCCCCGCCGUCCGUGCCCCCCGCGCUCAACGCCUCCGCCCCGCUGCCGGCGGACCCCUGCGCCCCCGGGUCCUACCUGCAGCUGUACGAGGGGCCGCCGGGGACGCCCCGGCCCCUGGGAGCCCCGCUCUGCGGCCUGACCAUCCCGGCCCCGGUGACGACCUCCGGGGACCUCCUGGGCCUGCGCCUGGUCACCAGAGGCCGCCAGCCCCGCGUGGACUUCGUGGGAGAAGUCACCUCGUUCCGGCUGGGAUCCUGUGGUGCCUACUUCCCAUGUCGGAAUGGCAGGUGCAUCCCCCCGAGCCUGGUGUGCGAUCGCUGGGGCAUGGACAACUGUGGCGAUGGCAGUGACCAGGCCUCCUGGCCACCAGCCAACUGCAGAGCUCCCUCUCCAGAGCCCAGCCAGGAGGGGAACACGGAUGACGGUGCCUCCCAGACACUGACUUCCUCCCCAGCUCUCCCGUCUUCAGGCCCCCUGGGGACGGCAGCUGAGAGGAGCCCGCCUGCCCACUGGGACCCUGCCCGACAGGGUGUAGCUCUGGAAGGGCCCCGGCUGCAGGGGGCGGCGCUGGCCUGCUUGCUGUCCCUAGCCUCUGCUGGCCUCCUCCUGGGCCUCCUCUGGUGCUGUUGCUUCUCCGGCCAGCUGGCCCGCCGGGCCCGGGCCCGUGGCCUCUGCUGCACUGUCUGUUACACGUGUCCUGGCCAAGUGGCCCCUGGGGGGCUGCGGCUGAGUGAGCCAGCCUUCCAGCGUCAGGGAGUACAUUCCUAG